CAUACUAAUAGUUGGAACACGGGUUGGGUCGGGUUCUACGGGUUGUGUAAUCCAAAAUCCAAACCCAACCCAAAAGAGGCGGGUUAUACAAAAGAAAACUCUCACCCAACCCAAAACCUUCGCUUUAGCGAUAAAUACGGGUGGGUUUGAUCGGGUUGGACGGAUGGGUCGGUUUGCGGGUGUGUUUGUUCACCCCUAGGUGGGACAAGGACUAAAAAUUUGGGGAAACAAAAUUAUGCAACAGAUUCUAAUAUGCUUAAUUGAGAAAUUAUGGAACAAAAAUUCUCUCUUUACUCCUCUCCCAUGAGUCCCAAAUGCAACAUAUAUGAUUUGCUUCGCCAUGAUGAUAUCAAUCACCCACUAAUCUAAUGAACCCUAAUAACAACUGCAUCAGAGCCAUUCAUCAACUGCAACAACAAAAAGAAGGAAGCAGAAAGGCAUUGCAGAGUUCUCAACUGUGAACCACUCCAAAGUGGACCUUAGAAAAAAGAAGAAGAAAGAAAAAAACAACUUCUGGCAUCUCACAUCUGUAAGUAAAUCUUUGAGAGCAUAUAUGGAUGAGAAAAGACAGAAAGCAGUAAUCUUUUGAAAUGAUGAACGAAAGGAGGCGAAUAAAGAUGAAGCUGAGAAUAUGAAGAUAAAGCUUCUUUAUCUGAAAUUCCAUAUGAACAAACAACACUCUCAAACUUUGAGAUUCUGUUUGCUUUCUUCAAGCUCACGCCCACCACCCACAUUUCAAGCUGUUUUUCACUGCACACUCAAAACCCAGAAGAAGAGAAAAAAAGAAAGUAGAAAACUGUCCACACAUUCUGCACUGCAGCCUUUGCUUGCUUGUUCAAUGGCUGUCCACGCCUUACAAAAGCAGUCUUUUCUUGGACAUAGCAGGCAACCAAUGGACCAUAAACAUGGAAAAGCAAAAUGAUCCCCAAGGAAUCUCAAACCAACAACUUUUUGAAACUACCAAGUUCUAAGCUUUUUUCAGUAAUGGUUAAUCUUUUUUCUAUAGCUUUACUCAACUGCUUGUGUCUGUCUUAUACACCGACAAAUUCAUGAGAACAGAUGAUUCACGCUUAGUAGCCGCAGAAUUAGAGUUGUUAUUUUUUACUUGUAUGUAGGAGACUUGAGUGCCUAACCAGAAAGAAUAAGUACCCUAUUUCCCCAAGUUCCAACUUUUGCAACAGAACAAUCUGCAGUAGCAUUUGUGCCUUUUUGCCCCUAAUUUUCAAUUGUUACCAUGAUCAUCAUAUUUCCCCAACUUUUUUACUUACAAAAAACUGAGAUUCAUUUUGCAUUCAGUCCAACCAAAAAGCCAUUAUGCAGCUGGUAGUGGAACUGGAAGAUGCUUCUUACAGACUACAGAUAGCAGAGAAUCAUAAUAAUGAAAGCUAUAAGCAGAAGGCACCUGGUUUCAGAGUCCCCAUUUUAGCUCAUCUGAAACUGGAAGGCCUCACCUUUCAUCAUCACACUUAUCAGUCCACCUUCAAAUUCCCCACCAAUUAGCUCCUCUGAAAAAGCUCAAAUUGUCAUUCAACCCAAAACACAAAUGAAUCCAGCAGGUUCCAAUACUCAAAAGGAAGACUUCAAGCUCAAGGACACCAAGCCACAGCUCGGCGAACGAUGGCCCCACGGAGGCUCACGAGGCGGAGGAGGAUGGAUCAGCAGCGAGCGAGCCACCAGCACGUACGAUCUCGUCGAGCAGAUGUUCUACCUGUACGUCCGAGUAGUCAAGGCUCGAGACCUCCCACCGAACCCCGUCUCAGGAAGCUGCGACCCUUACGUGGAAGUCAAGCUAGGGAACUACAAAGGCAAAACACAGCACUUCGAGAAGAAACCCAAUCCGCUAUGGAACCAAGUCUUCGCAUUCUCCAAAGACAAGCUUCAAUCCUCCAUCCUCGAGGUGUUUCUCCGAGACAGGGAAAUGGUGGGGAGGGAUGACUACAUAGGGAAAGUGAUCUUCGACAUGCACGAGGUCCCGACACGAGUCCCUCCUGACAGUCCCUUAGCUCCUCAAUGGUACCGGCUAGAGGACCGACGAGGCGAGACCAAGCUGAAAGGUGAAGUCAUGUUGGCUGUCUGGAUGGGAACACAAGCCGACGAGGCUUUCCCCGACUCGUGGCACUCUGACGCUGCAUCGGUCCAUGGCGAGGGCGUGUACAAUGUCCGGUCCAAAGUUUACGUCUCCCCCAAGCUAUGGUACCUUAGGGUGAACGUCAUCGAAGCACAGGAUGUCGAGCCACAUGACAAAACUCAGCAGCCGCAGGUUUUUGUGAAAGCUCAAGUUGGGAACCAGGUACUCAAAACCAAGCUGUGCCCAACAAAGACUCCGAAUCCGUUGUGGAAUGAGGACCUGCUGUUUGUAGCUGCUGAGCCGUUUGAAGAGCAGCUGGUGCUGACACUGGAGAACAGAGUGGCUCCUUCGAAAGACGAGACCGUGGGGCGAAUCGUGCUGCCGCUCCACACGUUCGAGAAGCGGAUGGACCAUCGAACGAUCCAUUCGAAGUGGUUCAACAUGGAGAAGUUUGGGUUUGGAGUUCUGGAGGCGGACAAGAGGCACGAGCAGAAGUUCUCCAGCAGGAUUCAUUUGAGGGUCUGCCUGGAAGGAGGUUACCAUGUGAUGGAUGAAUCGACCAUGUACAUAAGCGAUCAGCGGCCGACUUCCAAGCAGCUGUGGAAGCAGCCGAUUGGGCUACUCGAAGUCGGGAUACUGAGCGCGCAAGGAGUUCAGCAAAUGAAAACCAAAGAUGGGAGAGGUGCAACGGAUGCAUACUGUGUAGCCAAGUACGGGCUCAAGUGGGUGAGAACUCGAACGAUACUCGACAGCUUUAAUCCGAAAUGGAACGAGCAGUAUACCUGGGAGGUUUACGAUCCUUCCACUGUGAUCACGCUCGGAGUGUUCGACAACAACCAUCUGGGAAGCAACGAUGGAGGGAAGAACGAUGCCAGAAUCGGGAAAGUGAGGAUCCGACUGUCAACCCUCGAAACGGAUCGAAUCUACACGAAUUCGUACCCUCUCCUCGUCCUGCAACCAUCCGGGCUGAAGAAAAUGGGGGAGCUUCACCUCGCGGUUCGAUUCACCUGCUUGUCAUUAGCCCAUAUGAUCUACCUCUACGGCCAGCCUCUGCUUCCCAAGAUGCAUUACCUGCAUCCCUUCACGGUGAACCAGGUGGACAGCUUGAGGUUCCAGGCGAUGCGAAUUGUGGCGACUCGGCUUGGGAGAGCCGAGCCACCGCUGAGAAAGGAAGUGGUAGAGUACAUGAUCGAUGUGGAUUCACACAUGUGGAGCAUGAGGAGGAGCAAGGCGAACUUCUUCAGGGUCGUUUCGCUCUUCUCCGGAAUGAUGUCUAUCAGCAAGUGGAUCGGCGAGGUCUGUCAGUGGAAGAAUCCGGUGACCACGGUGCUGGUUCACGUGCUGUUCUUCAUCCUGGUGUGCUACCCCGAGCUGAUUCUCCCCACGGUGUUCUUGUACAUGUUCUUGAUUGGGGUUUGGAACUUCCGGUUUCGCCCCAGGAACCCGCCUCACAUGGACACCAAGCUGUCGUGGGCAGAGGCGGUUGCAGCGGACGAGCUGGACGAGGAGUUCGACACUUUCCCGACCACCAAGGCGCAGGACGUGGUGCGGAUGAGGUACGAUAGGCUGAGGAGCGUUGCAGGGAGGAUUCAGACCGUGGUCGGAGACAUUGCGACACAAGGGGAGAGGUUUCAGGGUCUGCUGAGCUGGAGGGAUCCUCGAGCUACGAGCUUGUUCGUGAUGUUCUGCUUCGUUGUGGCUGUGGCGCUCUACAUUACGCCAUUUAAGAUGGUGGCUCUGGUUGCAGGGUUGCUUUGGCUGAGGCAUCCCAAGUUCCGAAGCAAGUUGCCUUCUGUUCCAAGUAAUUUCUUCAGGAGGCUGCCGUCCAAAGCUGAUAGCAUGCUGUGAUUAAACAAAAAUAAAACGCAAAUGUUACAGGUUCAUUGUUCCUUUCGAUAGUUUGGUUACCAGCUUCCUGAAAGAAGACCACCCAUCUGAAAUCCUACAAGCAUGCUGGGGCAUUUUCUACCCAUUUUAACUAAGCAAGAACGAAUUUAAGGUGAAAGGUUAUCUUGGUUUAAUAAACUUUUGGUUAGAAUUUGUGCAAGCAACUCCGGCGAUACAAAGAAGCUGCCACACAGCAGCACAAAUUCACAAAUUAAACUCGCAGAAUGUCCAUCCCAAAUCCGAAGUUACUACAACGUUCCUCCUAAUCUAACUUGACCAGAGUUGGGAAAUGGGUUUCCCAACUUUGCAUGCCAGAAUAUUGUCCAGCACAAUGCUCUGCAGCUGUUUCUCAAUUUCCUCCAUUGGCCGACAGGCGUCGAUGAUCUGCAACAAGUUGAUGCAAGAAAUGAAGUGAUCAGACCAGUCUCUCGCUAAAACAAAAAUAAACUCUGGAUUACUGUUGAAUAUGCAGACAAUUGACGAAAUCCAUAAAGACUCGGCAAUUAACUCCAGACUUGUUAUGUAUAUCUGAACCGCUUUACUAGGCAACCUACUUUGUUUCAGUUCAUAAAGAAUUGUGGACAUA